AUGAUGGAGAUCGAAAAUGGCUUUCUUUACCAACAAGAAUGCGAGAUUGUCGUCAUCGGCGACAUAGAAGUUCCAGAUUCCAAGUGGUUGAACCUUAUUCUGGAAGAGAAUUCAUCAAAUUCUGCUUUGGAUGAUGAAACGUGCUUGUCGUUGGAUCUUGUAGUAACUGCCCCCGACAAUGGAUCUGUCAGGCUGUGCGGACCAAGGCCUCGAUUCGACGGCACAUCAAAAGAUAUGAAGUCAAAUAUUAGUGCAUCAGGUGGGCGCAAACAACGAUCAGAUGCAGUACUCCUUCUCGGUCUCACACUGACCUGUCAAGAUCUUGGACACAUCAUUAUCAAGACAGUGAAAUUCCGGAUACAUGAAAAAUCUCAGAUUUCAGAGGAGCAAGCAACGGCAAUGAAUCAAAGAGUGGCAUCCAUGUACAUUACUUUUAAUGUUCCUCACGUAAUCAUGAAGUCGAUGAGGGGGCGGAAUGAACGUCGCUUCAUAUCUUUGUCAUCGAAGAUGUUGCCUCCAUCAACACAACUACUUCUUAUGCUGAUGAGAAGUGACUGGGAUUUUCUUGACGCAACAAUAUCUGCAAGUAACAACCUGAAAAUAGGAGAGAUGAAUAGAUGCCAAAGAAGGCCAUCUCUGUUUCCGUCUAAGCUACUUCUGAACGAGGUAUACCCGAGAAUACGAAGUGCAGCAUCGCUGGACCUCGAGAUUGCUCAAGAGCUAAAAUCAAGAUUAGACCCGGGAAAGGGGACUUUAGACAGCCUUCCGAAGGAUAUCCUCGAGCAUCACAUUGCUGUGUUCCUCAGGGCUCGAUCACUGGACUCUUUGCGACGUACUUGCAAAUCAAUUCAUCGAAAUCUCAGCUCGGUCGUUCCUGGAAUGUCACUGAAUUUGUACGACCAUCAAGUCAAAUCAUUAGGAUGGAUGAGAUACCGAGAAACCCAGUCAAUUUCAGAAGGGGACUUAAUAUCGACCACAAGCCGACGAGUUCAUUGCAUGGACGGAGAUCCACAUCGUUCCGCUUCAGGAGGCGCUUCGACUCUUCUACUGGAUCGUAUUGAAGGUGCUAAAGCCAUUCACAUAUCUCAGUUCGACGGUGAAGAAGUUGUGCUACAACGCGAUAACCCACUGACUGCGAUGGUUGCAAGGGGUGGGCUGCUCUGUGACGAUCCAGGCCUUGGCAAAACAAUCACCGUUCUUUCUUUGAUCCUUCAGACGUUUGGGCUGUCGACCUCGUUGGCCCAUGACGAAGCCAAGGAGACCACUAUCCACGAUAAAAAGAAUAUAGAGAAGGCUAGCGAUCAACUGAUAUUUGAGGAAUAUUGGAACGAAAAUCUCGUUCCACGGGAUCGCAUUUCAUUCAUGCUUUCGUUUCUGAUGGACUUGAGUCGAGACAACAGAUUCACUUUUGGAUACUUCGAGUUACCAAUAGAUCCAAUCAGGGAUGGUUGUCCAGACUACUACGAAGUAAUAAAGGAUCCACUUUGCUUCAAGGCGAUAAGGCAGAAGGUGAACGAUGGGGAAUACAGCCACUUUGCCGAUUUUGAAAGGGACAUUGAGAAAGUGCUCGAGAACGAUUUAAAGUAUUAUCCUCCAGGUGAUGAAGUACAUGAAGCUGGUCUCAAGUUGAGGGAGAGCUUUCGGAGAAUCACUAAGAAAUUGAAGGCAAAAACUAUCAAGACUGCAAAAAAAUCUUUCUCAAGAGCAGGUGCAAAACCAAAUUCGAGAGUUGCCGCUCUGGUGGAGAAGAAUAGACGAAAGAAGUUGAAGGAUUCUCUCACGCCAUCUUCGUCAACUCUUCUUGUUGUACCAGGGGUUCUUUUGGAGCAUUGGGAGGAACAGCUGUCGCUCCAUGUGGAUCUUAAAUACUGCACAUGCAAAACUCCAAUAGUAUUUGAAUACAGGGGUACAAACAAGUGCGAACUCAAAAUGGAGCAGAUUCUGGCUCAAUGCGAUGUCGGCAAAACCCAUUUUCCGCUCCUAUUUAUCGACAAGACUGGAACAAGGAAGCUUCCUCCGCCUAACUUCUUGUCAAAAUUCAGCGUUGUUCUCACAACAAACCAACGAUUCACCAACGAGUGGAAAAAUGGCUCGCUCGAAGAUGAAUUGAAUAGGAAGCAAGGCGAUACCAAGCUGUUUCAAGAAGAUGAUGAAGAGCCCUGUACCCUACUGAAGGUGAAUUGGUUGCGAAUGGUCGUCGAUGAGGGCCACUCGAUGGGAAGAGGGACGGAUAAUUCAGCAAUAUCAUUUGCAUCUUGGAUACAUGCCGAACGGCGGUGGGUGAUGACGGGCACCCCAACGAGGCAAACUCUUUCACAAACCGGGUUGGUAAGCAUUCGCCAUCUACUCCAUUACUUGGGACACACCUUCUUCUCCAGACGACAGAAUGGUGAUACUUUGUGGAGCAAUCUAGUCACCAAAGGCUGGAAUCGCGGUUAUCUCGCUUCCUUUUACAGAAUUCAAGCUCUCCUUUCUCUUCUGAUGGUACGUCAUACCAAAAUGGACAUUGAAGAGCUCCCACCUCCCCAAUAUCAGACAACUGUGCUUCCAAUGAGUAAGGAGGAAGUCACGACCUACAACACGUUGGUAUGUGCGGUACAGUCAAACUUGCUCAUCACUUCGAUGGAAGGUAGAACAUCUGGUGCGCAAGAUUCCUUGCUUGACAAGUCUCAAUCACGACACGCCAAGAGAGCGCUGGAGAAUGUCCGACUGGUUUGUGCUGGGGGUACUCAGGUGCUCCCGACACUUGAUCAUAAGAAUUGGACUGAGUUCAUUAGGGACAUUGAACUGUGCAAUCCGCCUCCAGAGAAUCUCGCGGCUGUCAAGCAAUACUUGUCGAGGGCUGUGACUGGAGGUCUUUCUGCAUGUGGUUCGUGCGGCAUGAUGCUCAGUACCCUCCUAGUUUUUCCUUGCGGUGAUCUAGUUUGCACAGAGUGCGCCGAUCGUGAUUCACGUGAAUGCGUUGUUUGCUCCAAACCAUUUGAUGUGGAUCUAUUUCAAAGACUACAGCCGGGAAUGCUCUACGAGUGGCUGCAUAACGUGGAAGAAGAGCUCAAAAAGAAGAAAAACAAAGGAGUGGGAACCAGUGUAUCGAGUGUAAACGUAGAGGACUCAAUCGCCACGCUGGAUGGUGGUGCUGGUGUCAUGGCACCAUUGGAUCCAACUCAACCACGUCGGCGAAGUAGAAAACCUGGAGAUGGUCAUGCCUGUUUAUAUAGCCCUAAAACUACAAAUGGGGAGUGUAUAUUGUGUUGGAAGCAGCAUGAGAGUUGCAACUUCAUGACAUCAUCAAGUCAGUGUAAUGAAUGUUUUCAACGAGCUGAAGACUGUCCGGAGAGUGAAACAAAGUCUUUUCACGUUGUCACAAACCUACUUGGACUGUACACUCAGCAGCAGAAUCGGGGCCAACAAAUUGCUUCCCCAUCUUCGAUAGAGAUACAGCUAGCGACAAGGCGUCCUCUAAAGGCAAUCGUUUUCUCUCAGUUUCGAAAAGUUCUCAACAUGGCUGGGGAUAGACUCCUUCGAAGAUUUGGAGGUGGUUGCAUAGCCGAGUACUGGGGUUCGUUUCGGCGGAAGGAGUUAUCCAGAUUUAUUCAUGAUGAUACAUGCUUUUGCAUGCUCCUUGGAAAAGAUGGCAGCGAAGGUCUUGACCUUAGCUUUGUAACCCAUAUUUUCUUCAUGGAGGAGGUGUGGGAUAAAUCUUUGCAAGAACAGGCAGUCGCUAGAGCGUGGAGAAUGGGUGCCAAGGGCUCGGUCGUCGUAGAGACCCUCGUGGCCCAGAAUAGUGUCGAAGAGACAAUGGCUGAAAUGGAGAAAGGGUCUUAUAAUCCAGAGCUGACAAUUGACAGGGGUAGCGACCUUGCUGGAGCAGCCAAACAAUCAAAGCUAAAGAGCUCCGAAUACCAACGUGCAAAGCUCCAAUACCUGUUGAAGGGACUUGCGCUUGUUACAAAUCAGUAUACUUCUUCAUUUGGAGUUAACAAACGCCCAACGCCUAUCGCGAGCUCAAUUUCGGAACCGCUUGCCAAGAAGCAGCGAUUACUAGACAGAAGGGUUCGUUUUCAAGAGUGA